AAAUUGAACAUUUCCUUUUGCAGGCCCAGAUUGCCUUUCUUCAAGGUGAAAGGAAAGGACAGGAGAAUUUGAAGAAGGAUCUAGUGCGGAGAAUCAAAAUGCUGGAAUACGCGCUAAAACAGGAAAGGGCUAAAUACCAUAAAUUAAAAUAUGGCACAGAACUGAAUCAGGGAGAUAUGAAGCCACCGAACUAUGAUUCUGAUGAAGGGAAUGAGACAGAGAUUCAGCCACAACAGAACAGUCAGCUAAUAUGGAAACAAGGACGACAGCUGUUAAGACAGUAUCUACAAGAAGUGGGCUACACCGACACGAUAUUGGAUGUGAAAUCAAAACGAGUGCGAGCUUUAUUGGGCCUCUCAAGUGAUGCUUCAGAAAAAGAAAACAGAAAUCAAGAGCCAAUGGUAAAUGGCACAGAGGGCCAGAUUAAAGAAAACGCAAUGAUCGGGAAACCUGAAUUGACUGACUCUGCCUCUCUGCUAGAGACCUUCAAGUUUCUUGAAAAUGCAGCUGCAGAUUUCAGUGAUGAGGAAGAUGAAGAAGAUAUUGAAGGAAGAGAGAAAACAAUCAUUGAUACUGCAACAAUUGUAAGGAAAAGAGUGUUAUCUGAUAGCAGUGAAGACAGAGAUACAGAAGAAGCUUUGAAAGAGUUUGACUUUUUGGCUACCUCAGAUGAUGGUGAUGGGGAAUCAAGAAGUUCGGGAGAUGGAACAGACUGGGAAAAGGAAGACCAGUGUCUCAUGCCUGAAGCCUGGAAUGUCGACCAGGGAGUUAUAACCAAACUCAAGGAACAAUACAAAAAGGAGCGCAAGGGGAAAAAGGGGGUGAAGAGAAAAACUACCGAAGAUAUGUUUCAGCCUCAAUCCUAUAUAAAACAGUCAAAACAGGGAUGUGGGAAAAUGAUGGAGCAAAGCACAGGGCCCAACAGGUCAAAGCUGCAAGAUAUGCUUGCAAACUUGAGAGAUGUUGAUGAUCUCCCUUCAUUACAACCAUCUGUUGCACCUUCUUCUAGGCCCAGUAGCUCAAGGCUCAUUGAACAUGAGAUAAACAGGACGGAUGAAGUGGAAGCUUUAACAUUCCCUCCAUCCUCAGGGAAAUCUUUCAUUAUGGGAACAGAUGAAGCCCUUGAAAAUGAACUGGGUCUUGGAGAACUGGCAGGCCUUACUGUAGCAAAUGAAGCAGAUUCGCUGACUUAUGAUAUAGCCAACAAUAAGGAUGCAUUGAGAAAGACUUGGAACCCCAAAUUUACGUUAAGAAGUCACUUUGAUGGAAUAAGAGGUCUCGCUUUUCAUCCGGUUGAACCAGUCUUAAUAACAGCUUCAGAGGACCAUACAUUAAAAAUGUGGAAUUUACAAAAAACAGCCCCAGCAAAAAAGAGUGCUUCUCUUGAUGUAGAGCCAAUAUAUACCUUCCGAGCACAUAAUGGACCAGUGCUCUGUGUGGUGAUGAGCAGUAAUGGUGAACAGUGCUACAGCGGGGGAACGGAUGGCCUCAUCCAUGGCUGGAACACGACCAACCCAAACAUCGACCCCUAUGACUCUUACGAUCCUUCUGUUCUAAGAGGUGCUUUUGUAGGCCAUACUGAUGCUGUGUGGGGUCUGGUUUACAGUGGAGCUCACCAGCGUCUGCUAUCCUGUUCAGCAGACGGCACUAUACGUUUAUGGAAAGCUACAGAAAUUGCUCCAGCUCUCAAUAUAUUUAAUGAUAAUCAAGAAAUGGGAAUCCCUUCAUCAGUAGACCUUGUGAGCAGUGACCCAAGCCUCAUGGUAGCAUCAUUUAACAGUGGACACACUAGCAUUUUUAACAUGGAGACACGGCAACGAAUUCUUACCCUGGAGUCCAGUAUGGAUACUACAGUCAGUUCUUCCUGUCAGAUAAACAGAGUCAUCAGCCAUCCAACUCUUCCAAUUAGUAUCACUGCUCAUGAAGACAGACACAUCAAAUUCUACGACAACAAUACAGGAAAACUGAUCCACUCUAUGGUAGCUCACUUAGAUGCAGUUACAAGUUUAGCUGUUGAUCCUAAUGGCUUGUAUUUGAUGUCUGGCAGCCACGACUGCUCGAUUCGCUUGUGGAAUCUUGAAAGCAAGACCUGCAUCCAAGAAUUUACUGCUCAUCGCAAAAAAUUUGAUGAGUCCAUUCAUGAUGUGGCAUUCCACCCAUCCAAAUGUUAUAUUGCCAGUGCAGGAGCAGAUGCCCUGGCUAAAGUGUUUGUAUGACGGAGUGCUUCCCAUUCAACUUUAGCUUUGUAUAUAUUUAACCAGCUGCACAAAAGAGAAGAGGAGGGCAUGAGUUGUUUUAUCUUGCCCUGUAAUUCAGAGAAUGUUUGUAAGUGUUUAGUUUUGCAGGGUGCUGUUUUCUAAAUUGACGUUUGUUCUGGUUUCUGUGAGCUCAGCUGGUGCUGAGAGCUUGGAAUCUCUCAGUUUCAAAUAGGUGAAAAAAAAAAAAAAAAGAAAAAAAAAAGCUUUUAUUUAGAGGGUGUGAAUUUUCGUCCAGGCAGGCCUUGGGUGAAACUAGGUCUACGUAUUCUCUAUUAAUAAAAUGGAGUACUGGAAAGAAGGGGUCUAAUUGCAUCAGGGAGUAGGAAAAGAGGGAAACUUCCUUGGAUAUGCUUCUCAUUCUCAAAUCACCUGGAAAAAGUGAUUCAAAGUCAGUUCACAUGCUCAUUACUGUAUCAUGUGAGAGGCACUUUGUCAUCCCUUUGGUAUGAAUAAAGUAGAUCUUGUUCAGAGAGCAGUAGUGGAUAGUUAAUCUCAGCCACCUGGCUGCUAGCCUAAGAUAAAUGCAAUUAAAGGAAGGCAAAUUACUAACAUAAAUUCAAAUGCAGUAAUAUUUCUGUUACAUCUUCUGUGUUUCUCAGUAAAUAUUUAGUUUGCAAAAAAAUUUAUAUAAUUUUUUUUUUAGACUGUAUUAGCAUGUGGCUAGAAACUGAGCCUUUAGUCUAAAUCCCAAUUAACAACAGACUGACGCAGUCUGUAUAUACUGUAGUAGCAAAUUUAACUUAUUCAGAUUUUAAUGCUGUUUAUUCUUGGAGAUCUGGCACAAGAAAUUAUCACAAAGCUUUCCAAAGAAGCUGUCCUACAAUUUUAGCUGUCAAACAUUCAUCUCCUCUUUCUGUUCCUGCUAAAAAGGGUAUCUAUUCUGGGCAUUAAGGAUAACAGUGAAAUACUUCAUUUGAAGAUUAAAUCUGAUGCUUUGUAUGAGUCCUUUUAGUGGAAUAGGUGGGAACUAUACAAAGCUCCAUCACUUUGAGAGAUUCUGCUACUGUUAGAGAUAUUUCCCAGCUGCACCAUUUGAGGGACUUGUCCAUUUCACCAGGCGUAUGUGCCAUUGAUUGGGUUACCUGAAGAAUGAGUGAUUCUUGUAAUUACUCAACAGAUGUGCUUUGUUUAUCUAUUCAGAGCUUCUCUGUUGUUUUGACAAAUAACUUUUAAUCCAAUCUAUUAUUCCUUUUAUCCCUUCUUAAAGGAAGGCGAGUUGUUUCUUCUCUGUUAUGUGUCGUCAUCAGAAUUAUUACUAUUCAUAGGCACGAAGUUGGUGUUUUUGUCUGAUGGGAAUGGAAAGCAGAAUUUCUGCUGGAGUUGAUUUCUGGCGCUGAUAUGAGUAGGAAAGAACCCAGUGCAGCUCUCCAUAUACCAGCCUGAGAUUAAGACUGGAAACUGAUAAAUAAAUCUUUACCUUUAAACUGACACUUGGUAAGCAGGACUCAUUGAAAGUUAUCAACAUAAGGUUUGACUAUGUUGUUUUUAGAGUGCCAUUUGGGGAUGGGACCACAUCUGAAGUUGAUCUCAGAGUUUAAACUAAGUAUAUUAUUUAGAAUAAAAGGUUGACCUGUGCUGUUUGAUCCUGCAACACAUUAUAUGUACUGCUAAAAUAUCCUGGAAUACCUUUUAUUGCUCAGAAUAUUCACAUGUCACUUCAUGAUAGUUGGUAUGCAAUAUAUUUCCUUAGAUAAUAUUAGAACGUUUACCAUGAAACAGAUGACUACAAUAAUAAUAAUACAGAUGAUUUAGUUUUUAUAAAUUUUUUUGGUUAUGAUGAAAAGGAGGAAACUUGGCUGCAAAACUGAGCAUUCAACUUUGUGAGAGUUCUGUGUACUUGACUCAUAUUCUUUCAGUGUCAUUAUUUUAUUUCUUUUUGAAGAGAAAAUUACAAAGAUUUAUUUGAAAAAUUCUAAAAGUUAUGUAUAUUCUAUAUGUGUAUAUAUAUUGUAAACAUGUAUUAAAUGUGUCUAGUAAGGGAAGACUCCAUGGGUGCAUUUUAAUGUUUUAGUGUUAAGAGUUCUUUUGAGUUUGUGUAUACAAAGGAUGAUGGUUGUGAGUAUGAAAUGAAUGUUGUGCUUUUGCUUACACAAUACAGUAUGUAGUCACAGUUGUUUAAAUUGCUGUACAUAAAAACUAAUAGGCCAGCAUGCUUGUUUUUAAAGACUGUCAUUCUGAUUACAAUUGGAAUGUAAGAAGUGGCUGUUCAAAUGUGAAUUGAAAGAUGUUUCCUUCUCACUACUGAGCUCUUGCUCAAACCGAAAAGUGAUUUUUUUAAAAGCUGGCAAUAGCUAGAGGAUGAGGUGCCUUUAAAAAACAAAACAAAACAAAUGUAGCCUUACAAAGAGGUUGUGGAAUAUAUAUAUUUUUGUGCUUGUCUUCAUAAUUGAUGUCAAUGUCUUUUUACUGUACUUGCUCACAUACUUGUAGGACUGCAGGGUAUUGUGCAUGAGCCUGUCAGAUCUUCUGAACAUCAUCAUAGGAGAUAGGGUUGAAAAAAUUAUUUAGGUUAUCUAGUCCAUCUGCUUGCUAAAGCAGGGUUGUAGACUUGUGUGUUCUAAUAUUGUCUUGGCCAGUGAGAUUUUAUAUGUUCUAAAACAAUUAGGCUUCCUUUCAAAGAUUAUUUCAAGGAAUGCAUCUCACUGGCAGGAGGAUUUAUUUGGUAUUUAGUAGCUCUUUUCUGUAACUUCAUGCCAGUAUUCCAAGCCAUGUUUUGUGCCAUUUUACAUAUUCUUCAUAGUCUUUGUAAUUUGGAACCUGCAUGCACACACUGGUUCCACAUGUAUAUUUUCAUUCCUUUCUGCCUUCUUCAAGCUAUUUUUUUAGUCUGCUUUUUUUGCACAUUUCCUUGUUUUCAUUCUUUAAGCUCAAUUCUUCAAAUAUCAGUGUCCAUACCACCAUUCCACAUGCAUGAUUUGUUGGACUUAGUCUGAGGGUUGUCCUAAGUGUUAUUUGGUUGGGUUUAUCCUCUGUAAUGCAAUGCUUUUGUGUAGGAAGACCAAGCUUUUGAUGUCUGACGAACUUAAAUCGUAUUUCUUUAUGACAACUCCUUUAAAUAACAUUUGAGCAUUGCUGCUUUUCAAAUUUCUUCUACACUUUUAGUAUGUUACGAUUCUUUUGCAGCUAGAGACUUAAAUCCUGUUUCAUGAUUAUCCUGGGUCUUACUUUGAACUUCUGACCUCUGAAGGCACUAAAUUAUUUUUAUUUGUUCCCCUUUUAUGUGCAGUUCUUCUUGGUUCAGUGUAAUUAGUAACUUUCAUUAGUGUGAUACAUAUGUUUACUGAAAGUGUAAACAAAACUGAACCCAAAGCUUAUUCUUGGAAAAAACCCAUUUUUCUGCAAUAUCAGUAUAUAGCAUUUUACCGUUUCUAUUUUUCCUGUAUCUAAUUUAUAUGGUAAUUUUUUAAUGGUUAGCUCAUAUAAUUUUUUUGUGUAUGUUAGCCUGUGCUAAUGAUUUUGAUUUUACUAACUAAUUUAAUGGGAUAAUUUUCAGUCCUUCUGUAUGUUGAAAGUUUGUCCACUAGGUUUAAAUACCCACUUUUAAUUUACUUCACUGGACUGUUUGCUGUCACGUAUUUGAUUCACUUACCAAAAUGCUUGCACAGAAUGAUUCGGAGUAGCUUGGAAGAAGUUCUAGAUAUAUUGUGUUAGUCUUAGAAAAUCCUAGUGUCUGCAUUUAUUUUUGGGCCUAAGAGAGAAAACUUCCACAUAAAAGAUUCAUUGCUUUCAUCUCAUUCAUCUUUAUUUUGAUAAAAUAUGUUCUUUAGAAAGAAGGCUGUAGAACCAUAGGCCAUAUACUGUAGGCUUAUUUUUUAGGACAUGUAUUUUCAAAUAAUUUUAUGUUAAAGCAGUCCCAUGUAAUUUGGGUGCAAGCUUGGUAAGUGUGUGGUGUUCACCAUACAACUUUGUGAUUAGGUCAUAGAACACUGUUUUUCAGUUGUGAAUUUAAACUAACCAGAGACUUGUUCUUUUGAAUAAAUGUGUGAGAGAUAAAGAACUUAGUUACACCACAUUUUCGGUACAUUUGUUGGAUCACAGAUGUGUCCUCUUCCCCUGCCUCCUUAGGUUUUAACAGUGUAAUUUUGGGGAACAGCAGUUUCUGUAAAUUCUGAAAUGUAAUUUCUCAUGUGUUCUUUGAGCAGUGUUCAAUGGGCAGAAGUGUGGAAACAAACAGUUGAAAAGCAGGCAUAGCUAUCAGAUAAUCAAGUAAUUAAUGCCUUUCCAGAUGUGUAUUUGGAAACAUUUGCAGGCUGUGGCUUGGCAGUGUGUUUACAGACUGCACCAGGUAUCCAAGAGCUUACUUGGGGCCUGUGGAAAUACCUAGUCAACCUGAGUUGCAUUAAGGAAGAAAAUGCAGCCAUUGUGGUUGUCCUAUGCUAAAAUUUGCGGCUGUUUAGUGGAAGUUGGUUUGGACUACACUGUUAGAAAUCAGAAUACGAUAACCUCUUCCAUGCUGUUAAUUGGUUUGUAUAAAAUGUGGCAAUCUUUGACAUGGCAAUAUGAGUUUUCUUGGGCAGCUGCUGUUCAUGAGCAUCAUAGAGAUGCUUGGCAUAGUUGUUAGUAUUGAGUGACUGAGAGGAUGAAAAGAUUUCCCUAAAAAAAUGCUCAGAUGUUUCAGGAAGCUCCCUUUUUUCCAUAAAGGCAUGAAGGUGUUGAGAAUAUUUCAUCUAAAUCUGAUAACGUGUUUAGUUGAAGAGAGCUACAAUAGGUGAACAGUUUUGACUCUUUCAUCAUCAGUGUCUUUAAGCUUAGAGACAAACAGAGUUAUGGAAUCUAUUUGCCUGUAAACUACCACUGAAAGCCUCUGUCAUGUUCCUGCUGAGCAGCAGAGAAACUGAUGGACAGCAGUGUUGAUCCAUGCAGUUGUGUCAGGGGUGUUUUACAAAAAAACAACCCCUAUUGUAAAAGAUAGUGUUAACUACAGCAGAGCAAAUGAACAAACUCCUGGGAGAGGGAGGAGUGGAGAAGGACUAGGAUGACUCUUGUGUAAAUAGUCCUUUUUUGGGCACAUGGUCUUGUUUAGCUGGUGGGAAUGUUCCCAGGAGGGAGAAUGAUUGGCAAUGUGACCUUUAAAAAAAUGUCUGUGCCUGUGCUAAUGAACAUACCUGUGCAGGUUAUCUGUUCUUUUGGUAUGUGCUUUUUACCUUCCCACUUAAAUUUUCCUUUAGGAUAUGUUUUCUGAGAGUCUUAAAAUCUCAUCUGCAAUGACCUCUUACUGCAGGAUAAAUUUCAUAAAGGAUUCCUGAUUUUCCUCUUGAAGUGUUUUUUUUGAAGGGUGGUAGAGUUUCAGCUUCAGCUCCACCCCUCUCACCACCAAAAGGCUGAUUUGUACCACCUUACACCCAGUUCAUUUAAUUCUAGUGUGUUAUCUCUUAGCCUGCCUUCUGACUUGGUUUUGCUGCUCUAUAGUUCAGUUGUGAAAGCCUAUGAAUUGCUAUAUCAUUUAAGAUAUUUCUGAGAAUCUGGAUUCCGCUACAGAAGGCAUAAAUCCAGUUGAAUAGUAUAACGUGUGGAUCUCGUCUGGUUUGUUGUCCGAAGAGACUUGUUAGAUUACGAAAUCCAAACUAUGGCUGAGCUAAAAAGGCAUUUAAUAAUAAUAUAUUCUUCUUAGCCCAACUUCUUCCUGCUUAAGUAUACAUUGUGGUAUUGUGUCUUAGACUGAUUUUGCCCAGCUCAUACUGCCAAGCCAUGCUGUGAUCCUGGGAGAUCACACCAGUAUUUAAACCAUGCCCCGUGCAUGUGUUUCUAAGCUGCUCAAAGCCUUGUGUUGACAUGGUCCUCCAGGCCAGUCUUCUUUGAGUCUCUCAAGUUUGAAUUGCAGGCUCCCAAAAUUACUUUCUGGCUAUUUUGAGUAACCCUUGGUCCUCACACCAGAGUAUUAGACUGUGGUGUUGAGAAAAGAUUUAUAUAUCAGGAUUUGUACUAUUAUGAAAGGGAAAGGAUAACUUACUGCCAAGCCAAAUAUUGUCAUUAUUUUUCGAUUACUUGUGAAAAGCAGCCAAAAACAUUGUAUAAGGGAUAAAUUACGGACUUCAAGCUAAUAUUUUUCCAUUAAGAAUUUAUUUUUUUACGCUUCCUGUCAUCAAGAUACAGUGCUUUCGAGUGUAGCUUGUUUUCAGAUGUAUGGCUCCUAUAAUUGUUUCCUUGCAGUUGGACAUUUGCAAUUGUGCAUCAGUUUUGAAAACUGUCUCAUAUGUGUUAGCACUUCUUUUGGAAAUGCAACCUGAGCAUGUUAACUAAUGAUUUCUGGUACCAUUAUAGUCUAAGCAGACUGAAAAGCAGUUUUGUGCUAUGUUUUCCUUGAAUAGUGCAUCUGAAAAAACUUGUAGAAGGAACUCCCAUGAUGAGAUGACUUUUGUUGCUGUAAGGUUCUCUGUUGACAUUUGUCAGUUUUGCAUUGUAUUUUGCAUUAUUAUCUUCAGUUGACUGCCAGGUUAAAAAAAGACAAAUUUCUUUGCCAUAUGGACUAUAGCUUGGAUUUUUUUUGUCGUUUUUGCUUAUAUUAAUACACUUUCUUAUUUUCUACUAGAAUUUAGUGAUACCUGGCAGCUCUCUUUAGGAGAAGUUACUACAGGUGAUAACCACUAACACGUUAGUAAUUACAGUGGCUUCCCUUCUGUUUUGGGUCACUUCCAUGGCAGAUUGUUGAUAUGAAAAGGCUACUGUGGCUGAUAUGUGAACAGCUAAAGGAUAUUAAGAUUCCCCUUCAGAACUAUCCUGAGGUUAUGAUUUUAUACACCAGUUUUGAAUGACUACUUUGAAACAAUGUUGGGCUUAAGUGUUUUGCAGAAUUUUGGAUCCAAAUGAGAAAUACCUAUUUGUUAAGUAAUAGUCUGCUUGUCAAUUUUUUGUGUAUGGCUCAGUACGAGGCUGUCAGAAUUGCAGUACCACCAAAAUUACCUUGUUUAAAUGCAACUGUUGUACAAAAGUGAAUGUUACUUUGAGUGAGAAAUUCUGUUUUCUAAUUUAUGAAGGAAAUAUUUUUCUUGGAGUAAGCAUCCAUAAAUGUAAUAUAUUUCAUGAUUUUGAAAAGGCUUAUUAAUCAUGGGACGUGAGAAAAAUGAAAGUGAUUCAUUCUCCAAAGAUUUGUUAAGUGUUUAUUAUUACAAGUAUAAAUUUUUGCUUUAAAUGGAAAUGCUUCUUCAAAAAUUUAGUAUUAAACUUCUUACUAAAACUCAGUAGUUUAAAACGCUGGAUAAAUAUCUAAAAUGGCAAAGAUAGAAAAUUCAGAGGGAGAUUAUUUUGAAAUAUGCCAGUGUCAUUUUGAGCUUCUCAAGUGUAGCCCUGAAUUUUCUCUUUUUCACUGCAAUUCAUAUUUUGUGAAACUUCUUGGAUAGGUUAUAUUUAAAGCUACAUUCACUUGCCUGAAUAAGUCAAAUAAAUAUUUUGUCAUUUAAAAUUAUAUAGAUCUGCUUAUGUUAGUGUGCCAUUUAAAAUGAGACCCCAUUGAGGUAACCAUGCAGGUAUUUGUGUUGGUAUGACAGUAGUGAAGUGGGGUAUCUGUGUACUGUCCCCGCAUUCUGUGCUGAGCAAAAUCACACGGACUUCCAGAAAUAAGCAAUGGUUUUUAAGAGCAGCUUUAUUUAAUGUUGCAGCAGCAAGUGUCAUUUGUACCAUAUAAUUAUGUAAAUUGGGUGCUAAUAAAUACUAUUUUUCAACAUUUUGCAUUGUGUUCAUAAUUCUGCAUUUUAUCACAAGAUAUGUGUGGUUUUGGAGUGAGUACUAAGAGGGGAAGUGCAUUAGGAGUAAGACAAGCAGACUUGGAGGGGUUUGAGGUAACUCCAUGUGAAAUUCCUACUGAACUGUGCAGCGUGUUACUGUUCACAGGAGUACCUUGGUUUUUCUGUUCUCCUUAUGUCUUGGUUUCGUACUGCUGCUCCAGCUUGGCUCUGUUGACACCCCACAUCCUUCCAUGUGCUGAGGCACGUGGUGCCUGUGUGGGGGUGAGUGUGGGGUGAGCAGACAUGCGGAGUGGGUGCGGUUGUGCAGGAGCUGGUCUGUCAGCAGGCGUUGUUCACAACCAGACACGUGGCCAUUCCCGAGGACAGCGUUCAUUCAACAUAAAAAUAAAUGUGGUUCUGCCCUUAGGGAGAGGAUGAGGGAGAGCAAACCACACAUCACAGAUGGCGGCUGCGUUGCUACAGGAAGGUGCUCAGAACGGCACUGUGAGGGGGUGGCAGGAGAACCUACACAGAACUGAGGAGAACAAGUUGUUGUCAGUGAGCCCAUCCUGUUUUUUCUGAGCUUGUAGGUGGGAUAAGCGAAGUUCUUAUCUUUUCUUGGUGGGUAUAAAAUAGCCUGAUUGGUCCUACUCAUCUUCCUGCCUCAUAGGAAAGGAGGAAUUGCUUUAUGAAUUGACAGUACAAUCUCAUUCACCCCUGUGUGAAUGCUUCUAGAAGAUUCCUGAGGUAGGGGGAAAAAGGAGAUUUAGUGAAUAACAUAUGAGUGACCCUCACAUGAGGGAGGACUUCUUAACAUGCUUGUGGGUUUGCCUAUGAACAAGAUGGCCCCAUGAUGAUUUGCAUGUGAGAAAAGUGAGUAUACUUGGUGAUACAGUGGAACUUCUACAAUUUCUUGUGCUUAAAAAGAGUUAGUUUCUACGACUGAUGGAAUUCUUGAACUGCACUAUCAGAGUUCUCAUUAGAAGUCAAAGGAGGGGUUAAACUGGUGUUAAGAAAAAUAACGUGUUCCUUGCCAUUCAGUAAGACUGACACAGUUGAUUGUGAGCAGUGUUGCUGAUGCAGUGCUAAAACCUUCAUCCUCCUCCUCCCCCAGUUUAACAAGGAAAAUUGAUUAUUUUGAGGAAUUUGAAGCAUUCAGCUGCAUAGAUAUACAUUUGUAAUGUUUUCAAUAUGUAGGUGAUUUAGCAAAUGUAAAUGGCCUGAUACUGUCUAAGAUAUCUCAAAAUGAGAUGGUAAUGGAAAAGGGAUCAAGUUGUUUCUGUAAUGUUGCUCAUGGACAGAGAAAAAUAGCUAGCAGAAUGAUAGUGGCUUUGUUCAACCAUGAAGUAAUUUAAGGUGUGUAUACCAUAGAAAAGUGACUUAAAUUUGGUGUCUAGGUGAUAAUUCUGAUACUACCUACUGCUUGCUUUGACUUUCUAAGUAGAUAACAUGGAUAAUUUCCUGUGUGAUUACAGAUAGGAUGUAAAAUUACUAAAUAUGUUUAGAUUGGGUUGAUCCUGGCAGGAUGCUUAACUCCAGAGCUUUUCCUGAUUACUGGUAUGGCUCCCCCUGUGUGCUGGAGAGCCAUGGGGGAAGGAGUGUGAGGAGGAAAGGGAAGCUUGUCUGACCACAUGUCAGUAGCAGCCAUGGCAAAACUCCUCUUGCUGAACCAGCAACGCAGCAGCAGCAGCAGCAGAGGAGCAGGAGGUGCACACUGCGGGUGAUGCCAUCUGUGCAGGGUGGCACAGUGACAGCAGAAAUGCCGAGUGUCCUGCUCUGGGGAAAUACGACUUUGGGUUACUUCUCUCUGAAGCAAUGGCUGAACUCUUAAUUGAAUUUGGUGGCUCACCGAAAAUGUGAGUGACUAAUGCUGGAGUUGGCAAGCGACACUGAAACUGAGCUCUGCCAAGGCUUCCAGAGCAUGGACAUCAGUAGGUAUUUCCAGGUGGGUGUUCUGCAUUGUAAUUGCUGAGCACUGAUAAGCCACCAGCCCAACUCUGAGUGCAAAGAUGCUUAUCUCUUAGGGAGAGGGUGAUCAGACAACACCCUCUAGAAUGUGUAUGCAGUGACUAGUUCAGACAGCUCCCAUCUCUUCUCUUGGGGAUGCUCUGCCAGACAGCAGGUUCCACUGCACUGGUCAGACAUCUGAAACUAGAGUGGCCCAGCAUCAAGUGACUGGACAUCUAGAUCCACUUUUGAUGCAGUCCCACAUAUAGAAAGUGCUUGGAGCCUGUGUUAUUUUUUUUUCAGCUUCCAAAGGAAGUCUGGUUCCAAAUAAGACAUGAUCUUGCAAACCUUAGAAAGUACAUGUAAUUUUGAUGCCCCUCAGUCAUUAGGCUCUGCUUCAGCUGACUGAUUCCUCUGACAGGUAAUUUUGUGGUAAAUUCACUCUAAGAAUCUUUUUCAUCUGAGCAUGUAAAAGGACAACACUGAAGCACGCAGGGCUUGGCCGGCAGACUUGCUGAGUCUUCCAUAAUGUAGUAAUAACCUCAGCUGUGUUUCAGAAACUUAAAAUGCCAUGGGCUGCCUUUGCUGUUUAUCUUUUAACCCCAUAUGAGAUGACAUGUACUGCAUGUGCCUUUAGGACAAUUUUAUUGCAAAAGAUAUAGCAACUUAUGUUGAUAAGUUCAAAAUAGCUUGUAUAUGCUACAGAAGGAGUUCUGCUGCUUUCUUCAAACAAAUAUACCCCUUUGAACAUUUAUAUAUAUAUAAGGUAUAUAUAUAUCCUGGGGUUUUUUUUAAUAAAACAGUAUUUAGAGACUUUAGUAGGUGGCAAGUGAUUUGAUUGCUAUGAAAGGUAAGAGUGGAGAGGAGUGUGUUCUGUGAUUUCAUGGAAGGGAGUAUUCAAAAUUUUGAGGCUUCUGCUUAAGUUUAUGGUGUUUAUUAAUAGGACAUCUAAGUUUAGAUGAUAGUUGGAUUAAACCACUUUCACAGUUUGAGUUUUGACAAUUUCAGGAUCAUCCCAACAAGUAAAUAAAAAUGCACAUUGAGAAACAAGCACUAUAGUUGUUGUUCAGUAUACUUAAGAGAAGCCAUUGUUGUAUUUUUGUAUAGUUGUUCAGUAAACUUAAGAGAAACCAUUUGAACAACAACAAACCCUGAAGUGCCCUUUAUAAGGACUUGACAAAAGAUAACUGUGCAAGUUUCCUGUGAAAAAGCAUUUGAAAGCUUAAUGUCAUUGCUUGAAGUUUAAGCUUUAGGAAAAACUUACAUCCCUUAUGCGCAUCCUAAAGAACAUGUGUGCUCUAGCUGUUCCUCAAGUGUUGGCCAUCACUGCUGUGCUUUCGGCAGAGCACAAGUGAAGCAGUGGGGAGUCUCUGCAGGGUACCAGUCUUUGGUGCUGCAAGAGUACAUUCAGGAUGGAGAACAAUAUGUGGUGGUGAGCUGAUGCAUUCAAAAUUAAACCACAGUAUUAAAGAAUAACUGUAAUUAUUAAUUAUUAAUAGAGUUUAUGCCUUUUUCUCGGGCAGCCCCAAACCAAGCCCCAAACAAACAGGUUUUCAGACAAUAAAUCUGGUGUCUGAAACGAAGUACCCGGUAAAUUCAGCUUGAGUUUUGUCCAGUCCAUGUAAUGUCCCUUGUUGACAGAGAAAUCUGUGUUCAGCAGAAAGGUAGUGAGGAGCUGGGUCAGGAGAUGGGGGAUAUCAGGAGUUGCUCUGCUUAUGCCUAACUCUCUAUCCUUAAUCAUUUUUUCAAGCCAGAAGUUAUUGCUGUGAAGUGCAGCAGCACAGAUUAGUGGUAAAAACUCUGCAUACAGAUAUAUUUGUGGAAGCUGACAGUGUCCUGUGCUUUCAGUCUGGGUAGAGUGGUUGAAUUGAUGGUACUCAGUUAAAGCUGAAAUUUAAUGUUUCUUCUAAGAGGAAGCGAUAAACUUUCACUGUGUAAAACCACUGUUUUGUCCAAAAUUGGUUUUGAUAACCUCUUGAGAGGACCCCAGCCUGGCUUAUGUUACCCCACCGGGGGGAUCAUGCAGAAUCUUCUGUUUUCAUUAAUGUGCAUGUAAUAUGCUUACUUAGUUGUCAGGUUAUGAGCUACUUCAGUCAUAUUUCAAAACAUAACGAUUUAAAAAUUUGUGCUGCUUUGCUGAUAAAAUGAAUUUCCCUUAUGGCAAUUCAAUUAGAAUUUAUGUGGCUAAUAAAUAUCUUGGCUCAUGGUUAUUAAGACUAUAAAUGCUGUUAAGAGCCUGAUUUGCAGGAAAAUAUGGCCAAUCUGAGUUUUAAUUUCUUUCCAUUUCCUGUUAGUUCCACAAGCCAUGGCACAGCAUGACUUUGAUUGCCCUAAGGAGUGUGAACUCAUGUUUUUAUUGGCUCCUUUGAUAGUUUCGCUUAAUGAAUUUUAAGGACUAUUUUCUUAAAUGAUACUGGAUGGAACAUAACCAGAAACUGCUGCUUCCUAAAUAAAGUGCAGUUAGUUUGGUCCUCCUAGUGUGUCCUUCCUCCAGACUGACUAGUGACAUGGGUCGUUCUCCACUUAAGGAACCACUGUUUGUUCUGACUGAUCCAGGGCUGUAAUAGGUACAUUUUGAAGUCGGUCCAUAGAAGAGAAUUCAGUCCUAAAUUUGAGGGAGAGUGUCUGUAAAUGCUUGAAAUUCUGCUUUUCCCAGUGUAUAAUACAGAACUUCAGAUAAUUCCCUCAUAAAUCCUGUUAAUGGCUCUUGAAAUGCUCUCCUGACACUAGAAACUGCACUUCAGAGUGUUGGUUUAAUGACAGAGUGGUGGGUCUUAAAUGCUUUUCAUAUUGUGAGCAACUUAAACCCAAAUUCUCUCAGUCUCCUGUGUCCUGGCAAUACACCUGUGGUCCUGCAGGCCUUGAACCAUCCAAGAGUGAAGGACGAAGCUGAGGGGGAAAGACACUUCUCAAAAUCAAGUAAUUAAGGCAGUGUUGUGGGAGACUAGAUUCCAGUUCCUGCAUGUUGGCUGCUGUGUGGAUUUGAGGCUUUAUUGGGGAUGUAGGGUUGUAAAAGAAACAAAGGGUUGUAGGGUCCUGGGGCUUGAACCUUUCCUCUCUCUUGCUUUCCAGUUUCUCAGGGUUUGGAUAAAUCCCAAUGCUUGAGUUGACAAUAACUGAAGCUUAACUUACAGCAGUAUGGAGAGAGUACCUGCUUUUAGGAAGGUAGUCCAAUUAAAUUGUGUUCCCCCUGCAAAAGAAGCAUCUGAUAUUUGAGCCCUGAUCUGUGUGUCAUCUCUUGGGCAGUGCCACAUGAGGUGGUUCUACCACAGCAGCUCAGCAGCUUGGCCACUUCCUGAAGGGACCUGGUGACUUCAGGGAGCAGAUGGCACGUUUGGACAUGUGGUGUGUGUCCAGAGGUGAGGUUUGAGCAAGCUGGGGCUCUAUGCUGGAAGCAGCUCUUCAAACAGCUGCAGUUAUUUUCUCCAUGUUUACUCCCUCCUCAGCUUUCUGUCUAAAUCAGUUUCUGAUGCCCACAAGGAGAAAAUAAAAAA